GUCCAGUUUUAAUGCAAUUAGGCAGGACUCAUGGACUCCAGGCUAUACGCCUCGGGUCCUCUGGUUGGGGCUUUGCCCAUUGCGCCCUACAGCGUGCCUCUGGGUCAUCACUACGCGCGUCUCAGACCUGGUGUGCCCCCAUCUUACAGUAUCGAAGGUAUCUUAGGAGUGCAGCCCCCAUUUAUUGCUAGCGUACCGGAGACCCCCACGGUACAUCGGGGACCACAACAGAAGAUUAUCGUAUCGCCUGUCAGUAAACCCGCUUCGUCUAAAAAGGGACCCACUCAGAUAGCUGGACGUUCAUCCGACGACAGAAGUUCAGAGAGAAGACGCCGUCAGGAAGAAGAGGAAGAAGAAGAAAAGAGAAGACGGACAAGGACCAACUUCAAUGGGUGGCAACUCGAAGAACUGGAAAAAGCCUUCGAAGCCUCCCACUAUCCAGAUGUGUUCAUGAGGGAAGCUUUGGCUUCUAGGCUGGAUCUAGUCGAAUCUCGUGUUCAGGUAUGGUUCCAAAACAGAAGAGCCAAAUGGAGGAAGAAAGAGAACACAAAGAAAGGACCAGGUCGUCCGGCUCAUAAUGCGCAUCCUCAGACAUGUUCAGGCGAGCCCAUUCCUCCAGCAGAAAUUGCAAGAAGGGACAGGGAUCGUAAAGAAAAGAAACUGAGAAAGCAACUAGAAAGGCAAGCGAAAAGACUUCAGCAGCAGCAAAAAAUAGGUAAAGGCGGGUCAAGCGGGAUAGCAGAAUCUGUGAGGCAAACCCUAGGUGACCUCGUUCGGCUAAGUCCUCGUAAAGAUUCUCAAGCUCUUCUGGGACACGAAUUGCACACCCUUCUCGAGUCACUCGGCUUUAGGCUGCCUCACGUUUCAGGUGCAAUUCAGUAUUCUGGGAACAGCGAACAUCUUGAGUACACAGACGACGAUGUGGAAGAUACUGAUGACACCGGAGAACGCCAGCCGCACAUUACAGAACCUUCCAAAGACCAGUCCCUUGAGAUACACAAGACGAAAAACCCUUUUAGUAUUGCCAACAUCCUCGCCUCCGACUGCAGCAGGAACAAGGUCCGGCAACUGCAUGCUUUUCCUGCAAUGCUUCGGCAACCGGCUGGAUUUCUGGUAGCUCAGAGGAACGAAGGAGCCGACAGGUCACCAACAAAUCGCCGAACGAGUCUGACAGACAGUUGUGCCAGUAGCUGCGGUUCCUCCCCAACAAGUCCAGACAGAGAUUUUGAGAUGCCCUCGCCUCCUGCAUCAAACUAUCCUUUGCUGAAUCCGGGAUAAAAACACUCAAAGAUUGGACAAUUAUUCCUGAACCUCACACUCUCUCAUUCGAAUAACAACCUAAUCUGGUCAUCCACCAUUUACUUCUUGCUGUCGACAAUGUGCUGCAUUCUUCAAAGACAUUAUGUAAAGAAGAAAGCAGAGACUGUACAACAAACAGAAUGUUUAUUCUUCUUCAGCUUCAUGUAAUGUAUUUAUUAAAAUAUUCAUCAAGUACA